AUGAUUCGCUGUAAAAGAGGGUUCAAGAUUCUGCACUUUUUACGCAAGCCUUUCGCUCAAGAAGCUGCUGGUGCCUCGGCAACUUUUAAACCACUCAAUGGUCCAAAUUUGGGUGCAAAAAUUCCACUUGAUUCUACAAAAGAUUCUCUUCAAUCUGAAAAAAAUUCCAAUGAGUCCACUCAAUCUGCAAUGGAGCGUGCAAAGUCCGCCACGACUCCGAUUAAGAAUUGGACUCGGCAACAAAUCAAAGAAAUCUAUGAUACACCACUCAUGGAAUUAGUCUUUCAAGCUCAAAUGCAACACCGUAAAUUUCAUGAUCCUAGUGAGGUUCAAUUGUGUACACUUUUAUCCAUCAAAACUGGAGGAUGUAGUGAAGAUUGCAAAUAUUGUGCCCAGUCAUCACGUUACGAUACUGGGACAAAAGCGGAAAAGUUACUCACCAUUGAUGAAGUGAUGAAAGCUGCCACUAUUGCCAAGCAAAAUGGUUCCACUCGAUUUUGUAUGGGUGCUGCUUGGAGAGAUAUGAAAGGAAGAAAGUCGGGUAUGCGAAAGAUCUCGGAGAUGGUGUCGAGAAUCAACGAUGAACUUGGUAUGGAAACUUGUGUGACAUUAGGAAUGCUUGAUGCUCAGCAAGCCAAGGAUUUGGCAGCGUCUGGUUUAACGGCUUACAAUCACAAUAUUGAUACUUCUCGAGAACAUUACCCCAAUGUUAUCUCCACUAGAUCGUUCGACGAUAGGUUAGAAACCAUCAAGAAUGUCCAGAAAGCAGGUAUUCUGGCGUGCACAGGAGGCAUUCUUGGCUUAGGCGAAACCCCCGACGACCAUGUUGGGUUUCUCCAUACACUUGCAAAUAUGGACCCUCAUCCUGAAUCACUCCCAAUUAAUAGAUUGGUUCCUAUUGCUGGAACUCCCAUGAAGGCAGAAAUCGAUGCUUUGCCCAAAGACUCGAAUAGAAGACUAAAAUUGGAUCAGGUAGUCAAGACCAUUGCUACGGCUAGAAUGAUCAUGCCCCAGGCAAUUAUUCGAUUGGCAGCUGGAAGAUACACCAUGAAGGAACACGAGCAGUUUAUAUGCUUUAUGGCGGGCUGUAAUGCUAUCUUUACUGGUGAAAAGAUGCUAACCACCAUGUGCAAUGGCUGGGAUGAAGAUAUCAUAAUGCUUGAAACCUGGGGAUUAAAACCCAUGAAAAGUUUCCGCAAGCACACUGUGGUCUAG